CAGGAAGGAGACCGUGGCCCGCACCCCAAGCCGAGCCCAAGCGAGCGGGCCGGGGGUGGGGGGAUCGCGCUCCCGGAGUCCAUGCGCCCGGAGGCGCGCUCCGGCGCAGCAUCCCGAGCAGCGGCGGCGGCGGUGGGGAUGCCCGGACGCGGGGCCCCGGGGCUGGGCCGCCCCCGGCGGUAACCGGAGCGGGGGGGCCGGGCCCCCCCUCCCCCCUGGCGGCCCCGGAGCCGCAGCUGCUGCUGCUGCGCCCGCGCGCUCCCGGGGACAUUCUCUCCUCUCCGCCGCUCCGCCGCGCGCCCGGCUCUCCAAACCCGCAGGCGGCCCGCACGCAGCCAUGGGCGCGCUGCUGGCCUGGGUGGUCGGCGCGGCACUGGUGUCAGCAGCCUGGGGAGGCUGUGUGGAGGUGGACUCGGAGACCGAGGCCGUGUACGGGAUGACCUUCAAAAUCCUCUGCAUCUCCUGCAAACGGCGCAGCGAGACCACCGCCGAGACCUUCACGGAGUGGACCUUCCGUCAGAAGGGCACCGAGGAGUUCGUCAAGAUCCUGCGUUAUGAGAACGAGGUGCUGCAGCUGGAGGAGGACGAGCGCUUCGAGGGCCGCGUGGUGUGGAAUGGCAGCCGGGGCACCAAGGACCUGCAGGACCUGUCCAUCUUUAUCACCAACGUCACCUACAAUCACUCAGGCGACUACGAGUGCCAUGUGUACCGCCUGCUCUUCUUCGAGAACUAUGAGCACAAUACCAGCGUCGUCAAGAAGAUCCACCUGGAGGUGGUGGACAAAGCCAACAGAGACAUGGCGUCCAUUGUGUCUGAGAUCAUGAUGUACGUGCUCAUCGUCGUAUUGACCAUAUGGCUGGUGGCGGAGAUGGUUUACUGCUACAAGAAAAUUGCCGCUGCCACCGAGGCUGCCGCGCAGGAGAAUGCCUCCGAGUACCUGGCCAUCACCUCGGAAAGCAAAGAGAACUGUACGGGCAUCCAGGUGGCCGAAUAGCUGGCCCUGUGUUCCGCCUCUAGGAAGAGCCAGCCCUAAAUGGGGGAGCAUCUGGGCACAGCCUGCCCCCAGUGGGGGGCUCGGCUACUCCUGGGCCCCCACAAGCCUCAGAGACCUGCCAAUGGAGCCGCCAGGGUGGGGGGCAGGGGGGCUUGGCUCACACCCCCGAUCCGGCCUCCUUCCUUCGGCCUGUUGCCCACCACCGCCAUGCAUGAUGGGUAAAGCAAUACUUCCGCUGCCCCCACCCCUGCUUCUGCUGCCUGUCUGGGGAGGGGGCGGGGAUGUGGGGGCAGCGGCUCCGCACCCCUCCUUCUUGCUGAUUUGCACAUAUUGGCUGCUUCAGAUGCACAUUUGGGGGGCCCAGCCCCUCUUUCCCCUUCAGCAGAGGGGCUGGAUGGGCCCCAGAACAGUUAGGGGCAGGGAGUCCUGGGACCCACUCCACCCUCCCAGCAGCAUUUCCCCUCCUGCUUCCUCUGGCUGGACCUGGGGUCCCCGACCCUGUGAUGUACUUUCGCCCCAGCCCACCCCCCUCUCACCAGCCUCUGUGGCCCCUCAGAAAGGGCCUGUUCAGCCUCGUCUCUCUUGACACACGUAGUUUUGUUCAUGAAAUAAAGAUUCUCUGACUUGA